GUGGGAAGCACAAGACCCCUGUUCUCUUUAGUUUAGGUACCUUAGCACCAGCCAGGUCACCACUGUACGAGAGGGUGAACGUAUACCGCAUGAUCCCCGGUGCUACGUAAGGGAGCAGGUACCUACCUAGGUAUGUAAGCCAUGUGCAUUACACUGACCAUAUUAUUUUGCUCGUUCUUCCAGUGGCCAGUUUACUCAGAUUUACUCUAUGCUUUCUCGUAACGAGACUUAAACUUCACCAUAUCGUGUAGACACCAUGGCGUCCGAAAGCUUCGACUUCGUUAUUGUCGGUGGAGGACUAGCGGGCCUUGUCUUAGCAUCUCGGCUGUCAGAAGAUCCCGCCGUCCAGGUCCUCGUUAUUGAGGCAGGUGAAGAUCAGACGGCCGACCCCCGAGUCAACGUCCCUGCUAUGUGGCCUACUUUACUUAAUACACCUUCCGCAUAUAGUUUCAGGACUGUACCUCAAAACGAGCUUGAAAACCGAGAGAUUUGGUUCCCCCUAGGCCGCUUACUUGGGGGAUCUAGCGCGCUGAAUGGCCUGGCCUUCAGUAUAACCUCUAAAGCUAACGUUGAUGCUUGGGAAGCUCUAGGAAACUCGGGGUGGGGUUGGUCGAGCUUCUCUGAGUCCUUCAAAAAGGCGUAUAGCUUACCUUCGGAGGGGACAGACGCUAAGGGCCCGAUCCAGCUUGCGGUCCCUGAUGAAGAUACCGAAUGGCCGCGGGUUUGGAGAGAAACGCUUACUGCGCUCGGCUUCCCAGUAAACGAUGACCCGUUUUCUGGGCAGCUUUCCGGUGGCUUGAUCGUCACAGAUUCCUUACAUCCUGCUACAAAACAGAGGAGCUACGUCGGAAAUGCGUAUCUCGAGGCCGCACGACCUCGGAGCAAUCUCACUAUCUGGACAAAGGCUUUGGCGGAGAAGAUCAUAUUCGACAAGUCAGAUAUUCCCGUAGCUACCGGCGUCCAAGUUAAUAAAGAUGGGGAAACGAAAAUUGUGGGAGCUCGCAAAGAAGUUAUAAUCUCGGCGGGCACGAUCAACUCGCCUAAGGUAUUGGAGCUUUCGGGUAUUGGCGAUGCGAAACUCCUACAGUCACUUGGCAUCGAUGUUGUAGUUGACAAUCCAAACGUUGGAGAGAACCUUCAGAACCACCCCUUGAUCACCUUGAGCUUCGAAACUCGAGGACAAGCCGGCUUUGAGACUAUAGACAAGCUUGCCCGACAAGAUCAGGCCGCCCUCGGUGCCGCCAUGGAAGCUUACUCAAAACAAAAAGGUCCCUUUGCCAAGAGCAAUUCGAAUAUAGCUGCACAGCUCCCAUUUCCGGGGGUAACGAGUGAACAGGGAAAACAGGAACUCGAUAAAAUCUUGCAAAGUGUGAGCUCUACAGUCCCCGACAAACCUACAUCGCUUGCAGAAGCCCACGAAUCGUUUGUCCGGUCCAUCCUCACGUCGCCUACCGAGGCGUCCGGAUGCUACCUCGCGAUUCCCGGUUACGCAGGAUCCAACGGCGACGGGACGAUGGCCGGCCCGCCUCCCGGAGACGAAAGUUGGUUGAGUUUCGUCCUGCUCCUAGCACACCCGCUCUCGCGCGGUUCCGUACACAUCACCAAAGCCUCCGGCGACUCCUCGCCAGCCCUAGCCAUCGACCCCAAAUACUUCAGCCACCCCCUCGACCUCGAGGUAUUCGCGCGUCACCUGCAAUUCGCGGAGAAACUCGCCCAGACCGAACCCCUAGCCAGCGCGCUGAAGCUCGACGGCAGACGCACGCCGGCGGCGCCGCCGCUGCUGGGCAGCUUCGCGGACUUGGACGCGGCGAAGGAGUAUAUACGCAAGACGGCGGUCGGGGCGCACCAUUUCACGGGCACGUGUGCCAUGGCCCCGCGGGAGCUGGGGGGCGUUGUUGAUGCGCAGCUGCGCGUGUACGGGACGCGGAACUUACGCGUCUGCGACGCGAGCGUCAUCCCUAUUACGCCUCGCACGAAUCCGCAGGCUACGGUCUAUGGCGUUGCGGAGCAUGGGGCGAGGAUUAUAAAGGCGACCUCGUGAGAGCUACCUAUGGAUUCGGUGGAUUAGGUACGUGGCUUACAUACGAGAGGCCGGUGUUUUGGUGUAAUCCGUAACGAGGGCUAGAGUCUCGUUAUGGAAAGCUCGUUUAUGUAGAUGAAGGUACCAGCCAGAGACGUAAUGUGUAUGGUGUAAAGUUAUAGUUGAACGAUGGCACGAUAAUAAAUCAUUAUCGAGUUUUGAUCUCAUAUAGAUGAGCAAUUAAGUGUCUAGAACCCGAGCUGGCUCUUGUCGAAGAUACUUAGAGGCUGUUUGUAAACAUAAGCAUGAAAAAAC